GGCGGCGGCGGCGGCGGCGUCUCGGUGUGGGAGGGAAACUUGUGCGGUGCGUGGGCCGCCACCCGCGUGCUUGUGGCGUGUCUUUGUGGCGCUGCCUGCCUUUGUGUUGCUGCCAGCCUGCCCUGCAACAGGCCGCGGCCUGCCCCGCCCGCCGCCCCCAGGGGCCCGGCCACCUCCUGCGAGCCGGCCUACGUGCCUGGGGUCCCGGCGGGGCAGCGGGUGUGGGCAACCAUGGCCCCGCCGCGACCAUCCUGCGUCUGCUCUGCCACUCUCGUAACUCAUCGCGGCGGCCGCCAGCCCCGGCAGGUGGCAGCACCCUCCGCCCCGGUAUCCUUGCGCGACACUUGGGCCCCCGGGUCACCACGGCCCGGCCCUCUGCCCGACACACUGCCCCCUGCCCCUGCCGCCUCGCCCAGGGCCGCACUGUGCUGCUGCAGGAGGCAGGGGGCGCUAGGCAGGGCCGGGGCCGGGAAGGCAGGGGCGGCAGGGGCGGCGUGGUGGGCGGCACUAGUUGGCUUGGCGGAGUGAGGGGCAGGGGGCGCCGCGGCGCCAGCUGGGGAGUAGUAUGGUGCCGCCCGCCGCGCUGGACACGUCGUGAGGAUGCGUGUGCGUGCAGGAGGCCGCUCUCUCUCCCGCCCGCUGCUGCCUCACCCUAACUAACCGUGGCGCUGCCCAGGGCGUGACACUCGCCACACACCGCCCACUCCUCGCUCUGUGUGCACCGCCCACGCCGCCCUCUGGCUCCCCCCACCCUGUGGCUACUGUCUGCCUGCUGCUGCUGCCGCCGCCUGCCUGCUGCUGCUGCUGCUGCUGCUGCUGCUGCUGCUGCUGCUGCUGCCGCUGCGCCGCCCCGACAUGACCAGCCGCACACAGUCGGCACGCCCGCCCGCCGCCAUGGUGCACGGCGGCGGCGGCAAGAGCAAGGGCGGCGCCGGGGCGGGCGGCGGGGGCCAGCGCCCCCCGUCAGCCACGUCAGGCGUGCACGACCAGCGCGCCAAGACCAUCCUGAAGGAGGCCGUGGACGCCGUGGUGAACAGCUUCGCCAAGCACACGCAGGGAUACGGCAGAGUGAACGUUGUGGAAGCAUUACAAGAGUUCUGGCAGAUGAAGGCGCAGAGAGGGGCAGAGCUGAAAAAUGGCGCGCUGGUCAUUUACGAGUCGGUGCCGUCCUCCUCUCCCCCCUAUGUGUGCUAUGUCACCCUCCCAGGGGGCUCCUGCUUCGGGUCUUUCCAGAACUGCCCCACGAAGGCUGAGGCUCGUCGUAGCGCCGCCAAGAUAGCCCUGAUGAACAGCGUCUUUAAUGAACACCCUUCUCGUCGGAUUUCAGACGAGUUUAUUGAAAAGGCUGUUGCGGAUGCCAGGGCUCAGUUCAAGGGUGACCCGGACGAGGCAGACAGCCCCAGCACAGGUAUUGGUGCAUUCCGCUUCAUGCUGGAGACCAACAAGGGCCGUACCAUGCUAGAAUUUCAAGAACUGAUGACUGUAUUCCAACUGCUUCACUGGAACGGCUCGCUGAAGGCAAUGAGAGAAAGACAGUGUUCCAGGCAGGAAGUUGUGGCCCAUUACUCUCACAGGGCCCUGGAUGAUGACAUGAGGUCACAGAUGGCCCUUGACUGGAUUGCAAGGGAGCAGGAGAACCCAGGGGUCAUCUCUAGAGAGCUGGGUCAGAGUGAGAGGGAACUAGAGGCUGCUAGGCUGGCUGGAAGAGAAUUGCGUUUUCCGAAAGAGAAGAAAGAUAUUAUGAUGUUAGCAUGCUCUCAGCUUUCCCCCUCCCCUCUUGAUCCAUAAAUAAGGGUUGAUUGGGUGCUCCUCCCCUCUCUCUGACCCCCUCUGAUCCCCUGUCCCCUCCCUGUGCCCCUCUUUGUUGCCCUAUCUCCCUCUAAUUCGGUUUUUCUAGUGGUUCUUUUGAUGUUUUGAGCGUUUCUUUCAGUUUUGUUGAGUUUCCCCUAUUUUGUGUCUCGUUUUCUUUGGUUUUCUUUUGGUUUUCUUUGGUUUUGUCUCGUUUUUUUUUUCUUUUUCUCGUUUUGUUAUUUUUCUUUUUUUGUUUUCGUUUUGUUUUCUUUGUUUUUCCCUCGUUUUCUUUGCUCUCUUUAUUCCGAUAUGUGUAUUUUCCUUUUUUUCUAUUUUCCCUUCUCUUCAAAUCCAGUGUUUUUUUUUUAAUUUUUCUUUUUUUUUCGUUUCUUUUCUCCUGUUUUCAUUCCAGUAUGUUAUUCUUUCCUAUUUCCUUCGUUUUUUUCGUGAUUUUUCCCAUUUUCUCUUGACCCUGCCCCCCCCAUCCCCCUUCAUAUCCCCCCCCAGAGCUGCUUGCUUUCAAAUCUCGGCAAAAUCAAACAAUUUAAUGUAGAUGCGUUGUGUUGGUAUUAUUUUGUUGUUAUUAAUGCUAUUAUUAUUAUUAUUUUCAUCUAUAUUGCUCCAUUUUUUUGUUAUAUUUGUGUAUGUUUAAGCAAGGUGUAUGUUAGUGCGUGAGUUUGUACGUGUGCCUGCGUGCGUGUGUGUAUGAGCGUCCUUUCCUUGAGUGUAUAUAAUGUAUAUAAUCGUCCCAAAGAAUCUAUGUAAUUUUAGGUAAUCGGUAAGGCUUUGUGGGGCAAGAUUUAUUGAGUUACCCCACGGUAAAUAUACCACCACCAUCACCACCGCCACCACCACCGCCACCGCCACCAGCAGGGAGCGUUUUCUGUCUUAACCCCCUCACCCGAUGUACUGGUACCCUGAUAUAAGUGCCCUAGGGGAGUUUUAAGGGUAUAUAUGUGUGUGUGUGUAUGUAUGUGUGUGUGUGUGUGUGCUUUCUUGUUUUCGUUUUUCAUCGUUUUCUUCGUUUUUUUAUUUAUUUAUUUUUUUUGUUUGUUUAAGUUUCUGCUGUUGUCUCGUCGUUUUCUGUUUUUGUUUUUUUUUUCGUUUUCUUUGUUUUCUUCGUUUUGCUUUUUUUAUUCGUUUUCUUUGUUCUUUUGACUUGUUUUCUUUGUUUUUGUUCCUUGUUUGGUUCCCGUUUUCUUUGUUUUCAAUCAUUUUAUCUUAUUUUCGUUUUUUUUUCUUUAUUUCUCAUUUUAUUUGUUUUUUUCUUUUGUUUUCUCGUUUUCUUUUAUCUUGAUUUCUUUUUUUGUCUUGUUUUUUGUACGUUUUAUCUUAUUUUCUUUGUUUUCUUUCCCAUUUUCUUUGUAAUUUUCCGUAUUUUCUUUCAUUUUCUUCGUGUUAAUUGUUUUCUUUGUUCUUUUGUCUUCAUUGUUUUCCGUUUUCUUUGAUUUAAUCUCAUUUCUUUGUCUCCUUUGUAUUUUCCCUCUCGUUUGUCAGAUUUUCCCUUUUAUUUCACCAGUUUUCGUUUAAUUUUCCCAAUAGUCCGUGUGUUUGCGUGCGUGUGUGUGUGUGUGUGUGUACGUUUUUUUUUUUUUUUUUUGUUUAUAUAUGAUUCAUUGUUUACGUAACGAUCAAUUCUGGAAAAGGGAAACUGUUUACUUCGAUUUUGCUUUCGUUUGUUACACUAGGCUAUAGUUUCCCCCAAAAUGGCCCGUGUUUUUUUGUUUACCAUCAACUAAUGUGAAGGAAAAGCGAACUGAAAAAGUGGCCUCAAUUUUUUAUAAACUUUUUCAUGCGUUUCCCCUAAAAAAAUUAACUAAUCUCGUUUUCUAACCAGUACAGUGAAUAAGGCAGUAUAUCCCCUUAACCCCGUCACUGCAAGACGAACAGAAAACGGAGCCUUUAACCAUCCAUGAGAGAGAACGGGGCUAAAAAAAAUAAGAUUUCGUAAUAUUUCGCUGUAGAAAAAUUAAAACCAUUUGAAAGUGAUAGAAGAAAAAAAAAAUAAUAGAAAAAAAUAAUUACCAGACGGACAGGGCAUGGAUAGAGAGCGUCAGUUUUUAUCCCGCCACCUCUACGCAUCUCACACAGACAGCUCAAAGCAAGUGUGCUGGGGGUGGUGCUGGGCGCCGGGCCAAGGUGGUGGAGGGGGUAGAGGUGCUGUCAUAAGCUUCAUUUAGGAGUGCAGGCCUACAUUAUAUUGGGCCAGGUUUUUUAUUUUGUGUUUUGUAAGAUCUCAUGCCCCUUAACAAUUGGGAUUGCUUUUUAUUUUGUCUGUGUGUGCGUUUGUGUGUUUAUUUUUGUGCUAGGUGCCUUGGGGGAGUUCGUUUAUUUUGGUUCUUAAUGUUUUCCCUGUUUCUCUUUGUGUAUGUGUUUGUUGGUUACCGAGAGGACUGAAAAAGGACGUUUAUCUCUUAAGCAAACGAAUAUACUCAAAUUUUUAACGCCAUUUAGCGACUAAGUGCGUUUAAAGAUGCUACAAACCGAGUCCCGCUAUAAAAUCUUCUUCAGUUUCCCUUAAAAUGUGAAGAAAAUGGUGUUAACUUGGUGUGUAUGUUGGAGGUCUUUCAAGGGACACUCAUCUAUACAAACAUAAUAUUAAUGGCGUUUCUUGGGUACUCGUGUGUGAUUUGAUUUUAACGCGCCCGCCAAAAAUUUUAAGCUCGUAUCCCUUAAGAUGGUAACUGUGCUUGUGUUUGUGGUUUUGUGAAGGAUAUUCGUCUCCGGAAGGAAAAAAAAUAAAAAAGGAAGGGUUGCCAGAUUUAAUGAUAAAGAAAACGAGAGCUGUUAUAAUUAUGUUGCAAAAGGAGAAACAUUUUUAUUGCGCGAAGAUAAAAAUUUUGACUCCUAACUAAAAAAAAAAAAAUGUGCUUUUAUGAUCUUAAAAGUGAAAAAAAAAAAAAUAAUAAUAAUGAACUUUAGUGUGUAUGAAGACGCUGCAACGUUGCCACAUUUCCAACAACUUUAAUUCUCCACACAAACCGCUCCUUCGCAGCAAAGCCUUACCAAACACACCAUUAAAAGCACACAGGCCAGGAGCUCCAAGCGGCUGCCCUGGUGCAAGGCCCAGCAGUCGCCAUCUUGUGCGCUAAAACUUUGGAAAUUGAGAGAUUAUAAAAAUGGCAUUGAACAGAAAAUGGGAAC